AUGUACAAUCUUAAGAAUAAAAUGAAAACAGUGAUCAAUUUCAUUAAUCUCCAGUUAGUAAUAUUAAAUAAAUUGAUUUAUAAUAAUAGAUUAAUUCUCAAUAAAGUAAUUAUGAUUUUGUAUCAUUAUUAAAUUCUUAGCAUUGGGUUUUUAUUUUUAUAUUUAUAUAAUUUUAUCAAUAUAUAUAUAUAUAUAUAUAUUGGGUUUUUAUUUUUUUUAAUAUCAUUUAAUCAAUAUAUAUGUUUUUUUAAAAAGAUCUAAUAAUUUUGUUAUUAAUUAAUUACUAAGAUUAUUGAGAAUAUUAAUGAAUGUAAAUAUUACAAUGGAAAUUUUAUUCUUAAUUUUUUUUAUUUUUUAGAAAGCAGUUCAGAAAACAAUUUAAAAAUGGAAUAAACAAUAAUUUAACCUCCUUUACAUCCUUUAAAUAAUUAUGCAAAUGCAAUGAUGAUAAAUGAAGCUAUUCCUUUAAACGAAACAAAGAAAAAUGAAGAGAAAUUAAUUCCAAUAGAAUCUUGUGCAAAUCUAAAUAGUAUAAAAGAUUUUCUAAUAGCAUUGUCAGAAUUUAUAAAAUAAAAUUUUAAGGAAGAAUUUUUAUAAAAAAUAAAUAUUCCUUUAGGAAUCGAGCCUUAAGAAUUUCUUAAAACCUUUAACAUAACCGAAAUUACAGAACCCCAAGAUACUGAAAUUUCGAAUUCACCCAUUUAUCCAUUACCAGAUAUAGAAAAAUAUAAUUUGAAGUUAAUAUUUGAUUGUUUUAAUGAUUCUCUUGAUUAUAUGCGUCCUUAUGGACUAUAAGGUAAACCUCUUCCUUGGCUUUAGGAUUAGCAAUUGCAAGAACUUUGA